AUGUCGAAGCAGUACGAGAUACACUGGCAAACGACAAAGGUUACGAAAUGUUUAUUUCAGGGAACUGAUAUAAAACUGAAUAAUUCUCAAAAUGAGGAAGAGGAAGAUCUAGAAGAGCAAAGAAGAAGAAAUGAAGAAAUUCAGAAUUUAUUAAUGACUAAAUUGGAUGACUUCAAUUAUGACGAGAGCACUAUCAAUUCAUCAACUAAUAAUUCAGUAGUUUCUGUUGAUGAAAUUCAGAACAACUAUCAUAAAGCUAUCAAUCCCAAUGAGCAACUUAAAGUUCUCUAUGAUGUGAGACUGAGAGAAUUGAAUAGUAUGAAGACUGAAUAUGAAAAUAACAAAGCAGAGCUGAUCUCCAAAAUAGAUUCUUUGAAUAAAAAGGUUAUAAUUUAUGAAGGAGAGCUGCAUCAAACAAAAAUAUCCCUGAAAAAUGCUGAAGAACUUUUGGUGGAAAAAAGUAGUGCAAUUACAGACCUGGCAAUUACUCUCAGUGCCAGGGAGGAACAAAUCAAGAACUAUGAAAAAGCCAUGGAAGAAUAUCAUUUAGAAAUCAAUACAUACCAAUCAACAAUAAAUGAUUUGCAAAUGAAAUUACAAGAUAACAUCAAUCCAUUUAAUAUUGGCAAUCAGAAAUUCAGUUCUGAAGAAUUACAAAAAGCACAUGGUGAAAAUAUUGCCAAGUUAGAAGCACAUUUAGAACAGCAAACUAUGAUUGCAAAACUCCAUGAAAAGGAGAAACAUAGAGCCCAAGAAGAACUACAAAAGUAUAUAGAAUCUGAAAUUGAAAAUAAAAACACUAUAAAUGCUUUAUCCAAAAGUUUUGACAGUGCACAAAAACAAUGCCAAGAACUCAUAAAUGUGGUAGAGAAAUUAACAAAUGAAAAUACACAUUUACAUGAACGAACUGGAGCUCUCAGUACACAAUUGAAUGAUCUUCUCAGUCGAAAAUCACCAUUGGAAAGCAACAAUGAUCCUCUCGAAAGGCUGAAAAAAAUGCUGGUAGACAAGUCAUUCCAGAUAGAUUCUUUAAAUUGUAAAGUCAGAGACUAUGAGGAUAAUAUCAGGGAACUACUAGAGUACAGACAACUGAAAGGCGAUGUUUAUAAACAAGAGUUUCAACAGUGUGAUAAUAAAGACCAUACAAAAUGUUUGCUCAUAAUGCAGCAUGAUAUACAGAAUUAUAAAAGAACAAUAGAAGAUAAAAAUCAACAAAUUUUAACGUUGAAUUCCACGAACAGAGAACUUGUAGAAAAAUUAGAACAAAUGCUGUCUCAAACUCGAAAUGAUAUUCAAAAUAUUUCGCAUAAAUAUAGUUUACCACAACUUGAGAAGAUGACAGAAGAUAUGAAGAAAGCUGAAGAGAAAAUCAAGGAACUUCAAGAGAAACUGCUACAAUCAGAGGAAAAGCGACUGUCACUUGUGAGAAAAAUUGAGACGAUCGACAGAAAUGAUUUGAAAUUUGAGCUUGAACAACAGAUGUUGAAUAACGAAAAAGAGAAAAAUGAUUAUGAGAAUCGUUUGAAGAAAAUGCAGAAAGAAUUGGAAGUUUGUUCUGCCGAAUUUAACAAUUUAAAGAAAUAUUCUGAAGAACUUAUAAAUGAUAAUGUAAGACUGAAAGAGCAAUUGACUAAUAUGAUAUCCAAAAAUGAGACGAUAAAUAUAGAACCUGAUCAAGAAUUGAAAAAACACUAUGAUGAAACAACAAAAAAGUUACAUCAUUAUCAGGAAAAGGUUAAAUCCUUGGAAGAAAAAAUAGAAGAACUCGCCAAUACCAAGACUUUGAGUGAAGGAGAAAAAUAUAAUUACGAACUUCAAAUCACAGACCAUAGAAAUCAACUGAAUAAAGCGGAAAAUACUAUUGAAAAUCUGAAUUCGGAACUGCAAGCAUUAUCUCAAGUUGUGAAAGAAAAAGAAAACAUUAUCAAUCAUCUUGAGCAGACUCUCAUGAGAUUGGAUUCAGAAGCAGGUGUCUUGAAACAAAAACUGACUACCAGAGAACAUGCCAUUGAAAUGUGUGAGAAGAAAAGAACUGAUUUGGAACAGCUUCUUGAAGAAGUUCAAUCAGAACUCGUUAAAACUAAAGAGCAAGUUAUCGACAUCCGCAAAGAAGCUAUAAUGUCAGCAGAACUCCCAGAAGUGAUGGUAGUGGAAAAAAAUAUCAGGCGAAAUUUAGAAAAAGAAAUGUUAGAAACAGAAAUGAGAGAAGCUGAAAAUAAAGAAUACCAAGUUGAUGUUCUAACAAUUGAGAUAAAGCUGAGAGAAGAAAUCCAAAAGGAAUAUCUUAAGAAGCUGAGUGACAUCGAAAAGAAGUACAAGAAAGUAUGUGCUUCGAGUAACGAUCUGUACAAAGGACAAGUUGAAAUGAUGAAAAAUCAGGAAGGAAAGUAUCGCGAACAUAUCGCAACCAUUAUAAGGCAAUGUACCCACAAAAUCAAAGAAUUGGAAAAGGAUAAGGAGGAUCUGAUCGACCGAAUCAAUAUAUUGCAUAACGAAUUUACAGAGUCUCGAAAACAGAUGGCUGUACGAGAAGAGAAUUUCAGAAAAAUUUUGUCUCAAGUCAAAGUUGAAAACAAGGAAAAUGAAGAGAAGUGGAAGUUAUGGUCUCAAAAGUUUUUGAAUAAUUGCUUGGAUAUAGAAUCCUCAAAUAAGAAAAUUCGAGAUAAUAUAUUGUUCAAAAUGCAGACAACUGAUUCUGAGGUGCUGGCUAUAGAAAAAUCGUACAAUGAAAAAAUUAAGAAAUAUGUUAAAAAUUGUAAAAUGUGA